AAACAAAUAAUUUCACUUUUAUUUCUUUUUCUUUUUAAAUGACUGCUUCUACAUUAAAAACUAAUAGUAAGCCUCUUAAAUGGACUACAGAACGUGUUCAUGCUCCAUGCAAGCCUAUUCAACAUCGUGUACAAAAGCGCUCUCGUGGUGGAAAACAGGGCGAUAAUACCUCAAAGAUGACAGCUGUAAUUAAAAGUGACCCACGUGAAGAAAUUGAACGCCUGCAAAAUGAAUUAGAGUUUACUUAUGACACUGUGGCGACUAUUACUGUUCAUUUUGAAUCCCUUCAUCAUGCUUAUACCAGUAGUAAACCUGCAUUAGAUAAGGCUAAGAAUGCUACGCGUCUCGGUGAAAUGGAAAAGGAACUCUUGACAGCCUAUGAUGAUUUGGGUCUUCAAGUGAAUCAUUUAGAACGUAAAAUCAGUAAACUUGAAAAACGAUUAGAACAACUUCGACAACUUGAAUCUAUUCUUGUUCAAACUCAAUCACCACCACCUGUCAAUUAUGAUCCCAUUGCCUCUCCUUGUUCCUCUACAGACUCUUCUCUUUCGGAUUAUUAUUGUCAACCUACUGAAUAUGAAUCUGAUAUAUUCUUUGAUGAUUGGACUCUCUGUCAAAUCAUGACAACCAAUGAACAAUACCCUAAUUGCAACAUGCAGUAUCCUGAUCACUAUCAACAACUCUAUUGCGAUUUAUCCAACAAUUAUCCAUACAUUCAGUAAAUCAUCCUUCUUUCUUUAUGACUCUCUCUCUCUCCUUAACACUCAUUGCCUGUAAUUAUUCACUUCUUUCUAUGAUCUAUGAACACAUUUCCUAUGCCCUUUCUUUUCUUAUAUAUACCCCUCCACUUUUUUAAAGCAAAAAAGAUUAUGACCUUUUUUUUUUUUUAAAAAACUACAUAUUGCAUCAAAUAUAGCAACUAUAUUUUCUCAAACAACUAUUUUGUAAAUAAACAAUUCCACAUUUCUCACAAAAAAAAAAA